AUGGACGACACUUGGAAUUUUGAACAACACGGCCAAGCAGCUGCCGAUGAUGACGACGACAACGAGUUUCAGGACGACGGAACAACACACCCCAACAAUCAUGAUCAUGACAAUCAUCACCACCACGAACAAACACAACAUCGUCAUCACGAGGAAUCAGUGGUUUCAAAUUCACGUGAAUAUUCGCAACCCAUCUACAAUGAUGAUUUUGGUGACUCACAAUCCGAAGAUGAUGAAGCACAUGAAAUGAUUCAACGCCUCGUGAGAAGUCAGAAUGAAGAUCAACAAUCUGAAGAUUCUGAUGACUACCCGACGACCUUCCACUCGGAGCAUGAUCAAGAGGUACCUGUUGAUCACACUCAUGAGGAAACUGCUCAUUCGUUGAUGGAUACUACUGCUCAUCACUCCAUGACCAGCAAUAACAACAACAAUCUUCUCUCGACCUCUCUGUCCCUCCAUCCCACCGUCACCACCACCACCACCACAACAACAAGCUCAUCUUCCUCUAGUGGAGGCAACGACCCUUCACAUGCUUCCUCGCAAAUGCUCACUUCCAAUAAUUCCAAUAGUUCUGUCCUUGUUAUCCCUCCACCAACAACAGAUUCCAUGAAAAGUCCAACAACCAAUCCAACCACUUCUGCCAGCACCACUUCGACCAUUUUGUCACCUUCCUUAAGCAAUUCACAUGUUCCACCAAAACCAUCGUCAAUACCCUCAAGAAGCUCAGCAGCAAUGAUCACCAGAGGGACUGAAUUCUUAAUGAUGGAAGAUCAACACAAUCAAGUGUUUCAGUUAGGUAUGGCAAACUCAGGAAGCACAUUUCUUCCACCUCCACUUGGUGUUCCUGUUGGUCAUUUAGCUGCAAGUAAUUCUUCCAAUUUACAGAUGAAUUCACCACCACUGCCACUAGGUGGGAAAACAUCAGCCCAAUUACAGACUUCACAAGUUUUUUCACACACCACCCAACAAAACUCAGAAGUUUCUUCUCUCACUCCAAUACAGCCAUCCACUUCACAAACACCAGUUCCAGCAUCACCCAAAAAAGUUAGAAUUGUUCAAUCAAAGGAUGAAAAAAGGUCAACACGUUCCAACAAUGAAGCAAGCGAAGAUAACUCCAAUCUGGAAGUACUUUCUACAGCAGCUACAUCCACAACUGUAUUUUCACCUGCUUACAUGCACCAAAAUCUUAUGCAUUCUUUUUAUAUGGGAGAUCCUAUGAUGUAUCCAGAUAUGCAACAUUGGAUGUAUCCAUAUGGAUACGCUCCUCCACCUCAGCCAAGUUUUUGGAAUUACGGAUUUCACUCAUAUCCACAUGGUCCAAUGCAUCAUCCAAAUGGGGAACAUCACCAUCUGAUGGGCGGCGAAGAACAAGAAAUGUUAUCCAGUCACCAUGAGAUAAAUCAAGAAUCUGAUGUAGCUCAACAACAACAUUUAGUUCAACAAACGCAACAAUUUUCUGCAGACGUUUCUAAUGCAGGUGAGGGAACCAUUUAUGUCAACCCUAAACAAUAUCAUCGAAUUUUAAAACGAAGAAUUGCACGAGCCAAGCUAGAACAUCAAAUGAAGAAUGCUGGGCAGAAAGAAAAGGCAUCUUACAAGUACAAUUCCAGACAUGAAUGGGCAAAAAAGAGAGCAAGAGGACCUGGAGGUCGAUUUUUGUCCAAGAAAGAGAAGGAAAAACUGGAACAAGCCGAGAGUGAAAAGGGUGAUGCCUCAACCGCUGAAACUCUUCCAAAUAUUGAAAACACUUUUGAUUCUUCCUUAAAGACAUCUCGUUCAACCAAGAAAAAGAGAGAAACAGCUCCUUUGAGUUCUUCAGUGGUACCUCCGCCCAUGUUGACAACACCAAAUAUGUUAAAUCUCCCUUUGGUUGGCCCUCCUCAACAUAUCGCGUAUCCCAAAAACUUCCCAACAAUGAUGGAAGAUUUCAAUAUGACCACUUCCUCCUCUUCUCAUCACCAGUAA